AUGACUAAGAGAAUCUUACACCAAGGAGAAGUUGAGCUCCUUUUUGUCAAAUCAAAGGCAUAUCUUCACCCGACACCAUCAAAGAAGGACAACAUUGCUGGAUUCUUGUCCCUCUCGCGACCACCAAACUCUACUAGUUUGGAUACCAUUUUGGCAUUUACCCCUGAAUCACAAUUGAGUAAAGAAGAGCUUAAAAUCUACAAUGAAGUUGAUGUGGAGGAUAUUGACCUUAAUCUAAGCUCCUUUAAGAAGCACGGCAAGGCAAGGGGUGACAGAAUUGUAUCACAACCGAGUGCUAGCAUACUCAGUUCAUAUGCAUACACAACCACGCUUUCAUACAUUUACAGCAUACAGUUCAGAAAUCCUAGCCAUGGAUACUAUUAUGGAAGUAUAGUUAUCAACACUCAAGAUGGGGAGAAAUUGCCAAUCGUCUUCUUCCACGACGAUGAAUCACCAUCAACAAUUAAGAAUCAAAAGCUUCAAAAUAAACAAUUUGACCCAUUUACAGAUGGAGAGUUGUACUGGGGUGCGCUUGAUUUCUUGAGUGUGUUGAAAAGCUUGGUGAAUAUUGAAAAGUCAACCAUUGAACCAAGUGUGUACCUAGUUAACCCACAAUCAGAAGAUUUACGGAAUUUUGCCCCUUUCAAGAAGAAACAAGUGAAAGAGGAGCCACCAAGCGCAUUUCAACUUCCUGAUGUGAACAAAAUGUUCAACACUGCCAAGUGGAGAGUAUUGGAAACUGUCGCUACAUUUACAGCAAAGACCAAGAACCAAGUGAUUGAUUUGAUAGAAGAGAAUGCGCCACCACAAGUAAAACAAUUGAUGGUGCAACCCCAAGUGGCAAAACUUGGUGAUGAAUUUGACUCAGCAAGAAUGUAUCUUGCGAAAUGGGCACAACAAGUGAAGGAGGAUGCAGAGUCGCCAAAAUAUGUUACCGAUGACGAGAUCUAUGAAAGAAUCAGUCGUGAGUUAAACUCGAACAAGUUGUUAACACAAGAGGAAAUAAGUCGCACGUCUAGAAUGAAACCAGUUAGUGUUCAAGAGUGGGAAGGUUUCUUUGACCACACCGGAAGAUUGAGCGUGACUGUUAAGGAGAUUAAGGAUAGAAUAUUUCACGGUGGGCUUGAAGAAGAGGUGAGAAAAGAGGCAUGGUUGUUUUUGUUGAAGGUAUACCCCUGGGACUCAUCUAGUGAGGAGCGAGAGGUUUUGAAAAAGUCUUAUGCAUCAAGAUAUGACGAGUUGAAGCUCAAGUGGGUUGACGAUGUUGAAAGAAGAAACACUGAAUAUUUCAAAGAUCAAAAGUUUAAAAUCGAAAAAGAUGUGAACCGUACCGAUCGUGAGUUAGAGAUUUUCAAAAAUGUUGACGGCGAAGUUGAAGAGCCCGAUGAUGAGUAUGACGUGGCAAAUAUAACGAAUCCUCAUUUGUGCAAAUUGCGUGAGAUUUUGUUGACAUACAAUGAGUACAAUACAGAACUUGGUUAUGUGCAAGGAAUGAAUGAUGUACUUUCUCCAUUAUACGUGGUGUUGCAAGACGAGGCAUUGUCGUUUUGGGCAUUCGUUAAUUUGAUGGAUAGGAUGAAUGGAAAUUUCGACCCUGAAUUGAGUGGUAUCAAGCUGCAGCUCACCAAGCUCAUGAAAAUGACUCAGCUUACUUUACCCAAUUUGUACAAACAUCUCAUUGAAUGUCAGAGUGAAGGACUUUACUUUUUUUUCCGACACAUUUUACUCCAAUUUAAGAGGGAGUUACGUUGGGAGCAAGUUUUACAAUUGUGGGAGGUCAUCUGGACAGACUACUACACCAGCGACUUUCAAUUGUUUUUUGCAUUGGCGGUCUUGUCUGAUAAUGAAAGAAUUAUCAUUGAGAAUAUACUGCAACCUGAAGAGGUUUUAAAAUACUUUAAUGACUUGCUGGGUCAUUUGGAUGUGAACAAGUUAUUGGUACGAGCUGAGAUUCUAUACAAGUUGUACGAUCGUAUGACGUAUAUAGUUGAUUGA